UAAUUAUAUUGGACAAAACAAUAAUUCUUCCCCAACUAUUUAUAAAAAUAACCCAACAAAAUAAGAACACAUUGACUGCCAUGAUGAUGACAUGGAAUGAUCAGAAAAAGAUGGUGAUUGGAAGAUUUCGAUGAAGAGAAGAAGAAAAGGAAGGAAGAGAGAGAUUCAUAGUCAGUAAUGGGUUCCUCUAAAGACAAUCUCAAAGGGUUUCUAUUGGCUCUCCUUUCAAGUGGGUUCAUUGGAGCAAGCUUCAUCAUCAAGAAGAAAGGCCUCAGAAGAGCAGCUGCUGCUUCUGGUGUUAGGGCUGCCGGUGGUGGGUAUACGUAUCUUCUGGAGCCUCUCUGGUGGUUGGGUAUGAUCACACUGAUUGUUGGAGAAAUUGCAAACUUUGUGGCGUAUGCAUUUGCUCCGGCAGUUCUUGUUACCCCUCUUGGCGCAUUAAGUAUUAUUGUUAGUGCUGUGUUGGCUCACUUUAUCUUGAAGGAGAAGUUACACCAGCUAGGGGUUUUGGGCUGUGUGAUGUGCAUUGCUGGUUCUGUCAUAAUUGUUAUCCAUGCGCCACAGGAGCAGCCUCUCUCUUCUGCUCAGGAAAUAUGGAAUAUGGCAACUAAGCCAGCUUUUUUGCUUUAUGUGGGAUCAGUAAUUGUGUUGGUUUUCAUACUGGUGUUCUAUUUUGCACCUCAAUGCGGGCAAUCAAACGUUCUAGUUUUCACUGGCAUUUGUUCGCUGAUGGGCUCUCUCUCGGUGAUGAGUGUUAAAGCCCUUGGAACUUCACUUAAAUUGACGUUUGAGGGAAAGAACCAGUUAAUCUAUCCAGAGACCUGGUUUUUCAUGUUUGUUGUGGCUACAUGCGUCAUAACACAGAUGAAUUAUCUCAACAGGGCCCUUGACACUUUCAACACUGCAAUUGUUUCCCCUAUAUAUUACGUCAUGUUCACAACACUUACAAUCCUUGCGAGUGUCAUAAUGUUCAAGGAUUGGGAUGGCCAAAGUGGGGGAAGCAUUGUAUCAGAAAUAUGUGGCUUUAUUAUUGUGCUCUCUGGAACCAUAUUGUUACAUGUGACCAAAGAUUUUGAAAGUUCAUCUUUCAAAGGUAAUUACGCAUCCUUGUCCCCUUCAUUAUCAGCCCGACUGUGCAGUGGAAAUGGGGAACAACUGAAGUAUGAAGAGGAAGAUGAGCCAUGUACCGAAGAAAGUGGUUUGAGAAAACAAGAACGCUUCCAGCGACUGGCUGCCUAGCAGAAGGCAACCACUUUUGAUACUGAGCAAGGUGAAAUUCAAGUUCAAAGAACUGUGACAAAUGGAAUGCAAGUCAAUCCAAUCAUAUAUAGCCAAAAUUUUCAAGAACUUGUUCGGUUGGUUAUUUAGUCUCUGUAAAAUCAUCAGUGUGGAUAUGAGAUAGCGAUUGAUGCUUACAUUUUUCGGGGAGUGAACUUGUAUAGUUUAUCCUAGGUUCACAAAGUUUAGAAUGUAAAGUGCGGUUUUGCUUAUUGUGUUACAGCAGGAAUACUGGUUUUAGGGUAGUAAAAUCAGAUUGCACAGAACUAGAAGACAUGGAAACCUAGAUCUGAAUGAGGACGGCCGGGAUCUACUUUGUCUGAAGUAUCUACGCUGAAAAUCGACGUACCUGAGAAUUUGAGCUAGAUUAAGAGUAGUGAUUUUUGUUCAUUUUUUCUAUUGGCUGUAUUUCCUUACAACAUAGUACAAGAAAUCAGUGUGUGAAUAACAUUUGUUUUCCAAUUAUUGUUGUCUCUUUCAUUGCUAAUAAAUUCUUUUUCUCUUUUUCUGUUGA